UACGCCUUCUUAGGCUUUAUUUAGAUCUCUUCCAUGCUCUCUUCCUUGUCAUCUAAGCAACAAUUUUUCUUCCACCUUCAUCAUCAUCAUCAUCAUCUCUACGUUUUUUUCUUCAAACCCAUAUGAGAAAAACAGAUAUGGAAGAUGGAGAGACGCAGAAGGACAGAAACAGUUGUCUGUUUCGGACAUUUCAGAUGAUAUCCAUAAGCUUCCUCAGCCUCCUCGUCCCUCUCUCAUUUCUCUUCCUCUCCCAUCUUUCCCUCUUCAACUAUCACCUCCCCGCACUCUCCACUCUCAUUCCCACUGGAUUUUCCCAUAAUCUCUUAUCCAUGAACCAUCCUCUUCAUCAAAUCAACGUGGGCAUCCUUUACAUCAUCAUGUCGUUUAUCACCGUCGCCACUUUGAUCCACAGCCUCUGCGGCAAAACAGUGAACUCUGUCCUCCAUUCCCGUCUCUAUAUCGGCUGGAUUGUCCUUUUCGCAGUCCAGUCUUGUAUCGCCAUCGGAAUCCGAGGAACCGUGUCUGUGAGCCUCGACGGCAGAUCGUUUCUGGAGUCGCAAGAAAGGUGGGUUUGGAAUUGGACCAGGGUCAUGUUUUUCUUGGGUCUUCACGAAGUGAUGCUGACAUGGUUCAGAAUGGUCGUGAAGCCGGUGGUCGACGACACCAUAUUCGGGGGAUACACGGAGGAGCGGUGGUCGGAGAGGGCGGUGGUGGCAGCGACGUUCGGGGCGAUGUGGUGGUGGAAGCUUCGGAAGGAGGUGGAGGGUUUGGCCGCGGUGGCGGAGAUCAAGCGUAAGCUUCUGAUCGGUCUAGAGGUUUUGGAUUAUGUGAAUUGGUGGAUGUAUUACGUAUGUGCUGUGAUUGGGUUAGUUAAGGUUUUGAGAGGGAUUUUGUGGGGGCGGGAAAUGUUAGUCACCAAGACAACAAGAAAGGGCUGUGAAUCCAUCGUGGAUUAUGGCAAUGUCAUCAAUGUGUGAUUGCUUCACAGUUUUAUUUUGACGCUUCAUUAUUGGAUUCGUUCCUUCAUUGAACCUAUGGGCCUGUAAAUCCAUGAAGUGAGCCCAUUAUGUAUUAAGAUCUCUGAUUAAUUGGGCCUGCUUAAGCCCAAUAAUGAAGCC